CUCGACGUCGAGUGUUCCCGCAGUCGCGAGCGAGCCAGCAGCACACUCGGCGCUGCACAGAGAGAUCUGCGCGGGCGAGCGAGAGAGCAAAGUCGAGUCUGAGCUCACACACAUAUACUUACACACUGUCAUGGCCGAUGGCGCGGAGCCAGCAGCAUCCCAGUGCAAAAUCUUCUUAUCAUCCUCGUCGUCGUGUGCUCUGAAAAGUUGGAGCUCGGCGAGGGCCGUAAAGUCGGUCUAAAGCUGAGCGGUGUGGAGUGAUAUGGAGAAAGAUGAGCAAACGAGCUCCUCCGGACGGGACGACGUCGGCUGCCGAGAGUGACCUGUCGCUCCUGUUGUUGGAGGAUACGAGCGCCGCGACGAUGACGGACUCGAGGACGACGAGGCGCUCGAGGUUACGGGGCAUAGUCGGUAUCUGCCUCCUACUGGCCUUGGCUGGUAUGCUCUACCUUGGCUACUUCUGCCCCGAUCAUGUCUGUGCCCUCAGCAGCCGAGAUCCCAAGGAGACGACUAGACUCUCCGAACCUCUUCUCUCGGGUAACACCCUUGGCCUAGGAUCUAAUUCACUUGAACUAGAAAAAAAUAAUUUUUUGCCAGUACAUCCUGCGUUCAAGCUGCAGAGCAUUCAAGGAAGUCUGGGCUACGACGAUAUCUUUUUGAACGACACCUUUCAGUUCGACAUCAAUGCUCACGAUGUCAUGGUGUUCCUGCACAUUCAAAAGACUGGAGGCACUUUGUUUGGUAAACACUUGGUUCGUGAUCUUGAUCUGCAAAGGCCAUGCUCUUGUCAAAGGCGACGUAAACGUUGUUUUUGCUUCCGUCCAAACCGAAAUGAAAACUGGUUAUUCUCAAGAUAUUCCACUGGGUGGAAAUGUGGAUUGCACGCGGAUUGGACAGAAUUAACGAGUUGCGUUGAUUCUGAGUUGAACAAAAUUGAAGGAGAUAAUGUUAAAAGAAGAUAUUUUUACAUAACGAUUAUUCGACAUCCUGUGGCGAGGUACCUAUCCGAGUUUAGACACGUGCAAAGAGGAGCCACUUGGAAAGGUGCUCGUCACUGGUGUGGAGGUGCUCAGGCUAACAUACCCCAGUGCUAUCCAGGACCUAAUUGGAAGGGAGUAACUUUAGAACAGUUUAUGGCCUGCCCACAUAAUUUAGCAAGCAAUAGACAGACUAGAAUGUUAGCAGAUCUAUCUCUUGUUGGUUGCUACAACUCGUCACUUAGUAGUAUAGAACGAGAUCGACUUAUGUUAGCUAGUGCAAAGAGAAAUCUGAAAUACAUGCCAUUCUUCAUGCUUACGGAGUAUCAAAAGGUAGGACAAUAUUCUUUCGAGGAAACGUUCGGAAUGAGAUUUGCCGUUGCUUUCGAACAACACAACGCAACGCUAAGCGCUGCGACAAUGGCAACUCUUACUCCCGAACAACUGGAUGCUGUUAGAAGGCUUAACAAAUUGGAUCUUGAACUGUACGAAUUCGCGACGAAUCUUGCAUUUCAAAGAUUUCGACAUCUCCGAGAUCGUGACCCCUACUUUGUUCAACGAUUCCAGCACCUUGGUGAGUUGCCAUCAAGACAAAGUGUGACUGAAUUCAAUUGGGACUCAGUGAUAGAAGAUACAACAGACAUUGAUUAGACCCUUUGUGCAAUGCACAGAGAGGUCAGCACAAAAAUGAAAGUUUGUCCUUUGCCAAGUGCAAACGGAUAUCAUGCAUUUUAUUUACGUAAAGUGUUAAAAAUCGCUUUACAUUUGUAAAUUUGUCCGUUCACCUGCAUACAGCCGUACUGUGAAAUAUUUUUUGCUUGCGUGGUACAUUUAACAGAGGCAACUAAUUUUCUUUAUUUUAACGAUUCCACGCGAAUAGGAAAUUUUCAUCAAUGCUGCACAUAGUUGAACUCACCAAAAGUUUUAUAGAAGCUUUUUUGGACGAGACCAAAGAAAAACCGUAAAAACAUAGGCCCAUUCUUCGAUACUUAUUUCACAGCUGUUUUACAUGUAAACAGCGUUUGAUCUUAUAAGAAAGUAUCUCACGUGCGACCGUCAUUGUUUUAAUUUUAGAACAUCUUUUCAUCAAAGUUCUUCCACUUGUACGCACAUAUGUUUCGUUUUUACACAGAAUGCUUAAUACUAUAAAUGACUUUGAAAUCUAUUGAUGUAUUUCAACAGGUCAAUAUCAAGCUCGCGUUUUAAAUUAUUUUACAAACAAAUCUUCAUACAUUUUUUGCUGUACAUUCAUUUGCAUUUAAAUCCAUAUGAAUAACUGCCAUUACAUUUAGUACAUAGUUGUGCCAUUAAUUUAUUCCUAAUCUUAAAAAUUAGAUCAAAACUAAAUUGCUAUUGUAGUUGUACAUUUUCUCUAAUUAAAUUAAUUAACAAAGAAGUUUAAAAUGAAAAUAAAAUAUAACUUUCGUGUUUAUUCAUAUUGUAAUGAUAUAUGUGUGAUAGUGCGAAUAAGAGCUCGAGAAGUGGAAAAAUUGUGAUAUACAAACUACUUUAAAGUACUUUAUUUCCAAAGGUCUAACUGCAAAGAAAGGCAGUAAACAAGAGGCAAACAGCGAAUAUGACUCAGUAUCAAUGUACAUACACAUUAUUAUGUCUUGUUGGAUGAUUUCUCAAUUAAUUAUGCUCUUCCAGAAAAAUUUUACAUACGAGUUCGUAUUUAAUUACAGCUUGUUCUUAUGAUGAAAAAAUCUUUUUUAUACGCAAAAUCAAAUAAAUUCUGAUAUUGCCCUCUGUGUGUAUGCUAAGAAUUGUUAUGGGUCAUAAACACAGUUGAUCUUAUUAGGUUUAUUGAUGAUAGGGCCAUACAAAGAUCUCAGAACAGUGAACAUUAUUGUGCACAUUAACAUUUACCAGUAGUUUUAAUUAUUGGAUAUUAAUAUUUGAUUUUUUUUUUAAUUUUUUCCCCAUAAGAAAUGUUGAAAUCUAUUAUAUCAUUGACUUUGUAUAUAAUAACUUCAGUAUAUACAGACGUGUAGUUUCUAAUCAAUCAUGUUAUGCGUUAUUAAGAUGAUAACAAAUCAAAACAUCAUUUAUUUAUGUGGAGUCUCUGUUACGAUUUGAAUUAACUCUAUCAUUUAUCUGAUUCAUAAGGAUUCUGAUUGAUCAUAAAACUGGCAGUUCUUAACGGCAGAAGCAUAGUGUUAAAGAACGAUUUUUAAUCAAGAGUUAUUCAUGAACAUUAUUCGAUAAAAUUUAAACUAUUUUUAUCCCGAUAUUUUUUUAUAAAUGUUGCUUUACCACUGUACAAAUUUUACAAAUCUUUGUGAUUUAUUUGCGGAACGAUCAAUGAAUUGUAUUUUAAAAGAAAUCGCGCUCUCGAAACAGCCUAAAGUUUAUGUAAGCAAAAAUAAGAAAGUUGUACUAUCACAUAGGAUAAUAACUAAUACUCAACAGUGAACGUUGAUACGUGCAAUAAGACUAUAGGUUACCAGAGUAGUUAUUUCAUACGAUUGGAAUAUUAUAAUAAACCUAACUGUAACAUAAAGCAAAUAUCUUUUAAAUACUGAUGAAUUUUUUUAUCAAGUGCGAUCUUUCCGGUUUGAGUUGUCGAAAAAUUGCUAAGAAAUGUUAACAUAUUUUGUAGUUACACUGUAGAUUUGAUUUAAGUAAGUUUAUCUAAUCAUGUUGUUUUGAACGAUUUUAACAAUUUUAUGGUAUCUUGAACAAACUUUUGAGUUUGAAAUCUUGUUAUGCAUUCUAGUAGUAGUAAAUUUUUAAAGUAAGUACACAGUAGCAAUAAUUGUUAUGCCAUUGUGUGGAAUAUCAAUUAUUUUAAUUGCUUGCUCCUAAAAAAGAGAUCUUAAACAAACGUAUACCAUACAUACAAUUUUCUUCUUUUUACACAAUGUUUUACUGUUUUUGGAAAAUAUUGAUAAUAUUAAGGACCAAAGACAUUUAUUAAAAGACUUUUAUGUGGACUUUUUAAAAGUUUACACUUUAAUCAUUCUACUUAUUAUUUUUUUUUUUUUGCUAAAAUUUUUUUCUGCGGAAUUUAUAUUCUCUGUAUAUUGUACAAAGUUUGCCAGAAAAUGAGGCAAACGAGUUAAAAAUUAUUUUUUGAAAUUGAUUUAUGAUUGAAAAUUCUAUUUACUGAGAAAGUAAAUAACAACUAUUGCACAUCUGAUUUGAGCAGGUUUCAAAAUACCAUAACAGUGCCAUAAGUGAAUCCAAGGUUCACAAAAAGCAACAUUUGAAAACUAGUAUUUAAAUGACACUUAAUAAAAGUUUAUUGGCAAAACUAAUGGCAGACUGAGGAAGCAUGUAACCCACUUUUUUGAUCUAGUUGCUGAAAAUGAUACUUACUAAAAUUCUUUGUUAUAAUCAUUAGAAUUGUUAAUUACACAUUAUGUAAAAUUGUGUUAUUAACAGGGUGUUGCACUUGUUUAGAAUAGUUAUCUGUCCAUUAGGGAAUGUAUAAUAAUAAUAAGAAAGUCAAAUUUGAGAUGAAUGGUCAACGAACCCAUGACAUAUGCCUAAUGAAGUGAACAAAAAGGUCUAAGCCAUUUAUAUCUUGUUUAUGCGAGUGUAAAUAAUGUAUCGAAUAGAUCUAAGUAUUACUGAACUACUGGAUAUAAAAAAUCUUAUAUGAAUUGUAUACACGUAUACAAUAUAUAUAUAUAUAUAUUAUAUUUAAGAUUUCAGUAUACUACUAUUAUAAAAAUAAGAAAAUAUAUAGUUAUUGUAAUACGUGGCAGCUUGAUUAAAAGUUGUUUGAUUAUGUAAACCUUUUAAUAAAUCCUGAGAAUUCUCAAGUAUUUUGAUUUUGAAA